AUGCGUCAGUUUCUGGCGAAAGUAAUAAUUCUAAUCGAACACCUAGUUGGUACUGAAACCGAGGAGGCGAUGCCUCCAUUGCCGGGCGAUCCUCAUCCUAGUCGACAAUCAGACAUCGAUGGAUUGAAUCUAAGCCAUCCAGGGGUUCAUGAUAGCCUCGAAACCAGCCAGGGCGAUGACCAUCCUUUCAAUGUCAUUCUUCGGAUGAAUGACUUCAAUGAGGGCGACCGGCGAGUCCACGAUGCUGUCCUCUAUUGCAAGGCACAAGCAGAUUUUUUGAAGCUAUCUGGUUACCCGCUGUAUGGGAAUCAUCCAAAUUUUGAUGCCCAAGUGAGGAAGACUGCGCAGGACUUCAAUGUGUUUUUGGACAAACUGAUCACAUUGCCUGGCAUACGCACAGAUGCGCUCUUUUCAAAACUUCGAGUCUUACUAGCUCAAGGAGAAUCAUAUGAGACUUUCAAAAAUACAAUGAACGAGUUGGAUGUAUCAUUGAAGUGCAAUACGAUAUGGGAGAAUGAUUCUGUGGCUUACCGGUGCAAUACUUGUGCUCUUACACCAUGUAUGUCGCUUUGCGCGUCCUGCUUCCAAGCAGCCAAUCAUGAAGGUCACGACUUUACGAGAUUUUUCUCACGAGAAGGAGGUGCUUGCGAUUGCGGCAAUUCUGAUGUUAUCAGACCUAUAGGCUUCUGUCCACGACAUGGUGAGAACGCAGUCCGACCACCACCACCUUCACCACUGAUCGUAUCCCUUCCUCGUCAUAUAUUCCAAAAACUUCUCGUAUGCCUUUUCUUGGAGUGGCGCGGAUUUAAAGACCUGUACACCCAAGAACGGGAUGCGAUGGAAUGGGAAGAACCUUUCAAUCUAGCUGGUUUUUGCGACAAUCUAGUCACUCCAAUGCAACUACUCAUCAAUUUCUUGCAGGAAUGUGUAAACUAUGGUGGGCCAAUGAGAGAAGCGAUGGCUGAGAUACUCAUGGAUAAAGAUCUCUAUAGAGAACUUACUAAACGGAAUUCUGACGAAGUUGAUCCGACAGCACCCGCUGACAUGUCUUUGGAUUGGCGGACCAGACAAAUGUUUCAUUCUGAUCGGAUGAGCAUCUUUUCUGAGAGCCUAUUUUCUUGUUUCCCGGAACUUGAUGCUGAACGAUUACUUGAGUGUGAGUGCUUAUUGGACGAACUACUCUUUUGGGUGAUCCGUAUGAACUUCCCUCAAAAUCUUAUCAAUUUUUCCUUGAGUAUGCUAUCUGAACCGAAUUAUACGGAUGCGCUGUCCAUUCGCUUUUUCACAUGGUAUCCACUGGUGGCCAACUGCGUCAGAAGGCUUUGUGUUUAUUCAAACCUUCGUGAGCGAACCCAGGACGUAGUUCAGAGCACAUGUAGCCGACUUAUUCAUAUUUCUGUCCAGAUGUUAUCGUCGGAAGCACUUUGCAAACGCUUAAAUGAGAAAUGUGAUCUUGUCAAAGUUGUGCUCAAUACCGCUUGCUACAUGCUUACCGAAUAUUUGCAGAAAACGGAAAUGACUCUAGAUCCUUUCUUCGUGUGGUGUACCAGUGCGAAACAACUAGAAGGUAACGAAAGCGAAUGGGAAGUUAUGCUCAUGGAAAAAAAUGCGACGAUGACACAACAUGGAUACUGGUUCGUCAUGGGUGACAUACAGAAUCUCCUGGCCCAUCCUUCUCUUGCUAUAAGUACGGUGCUCCACCCCACAGCAUUUUCAGACACGUAUACGACACUCCUGAAUCGCAUGCAAGGAAUGAACGUUAAUUGGAGAAUUGUUCGUGGUGAACAUAGAGAGAAUGAUAAUACUGAACUUGUCCAGCGGUCUUUCACCCUUGAAUUCGAAGCACUAGCUCUUACGAUGUUCAACUUCAUCACUGCUAUAUCCCAGAAAGAGCAUUAUGUGGCAGCUGUAGCCUUUUUCGACAAGAUCGUUGUUGGACUCAAGAAUUGGAUCCAAGCGAUUAGCGGAUGGUGCACUGGGGACAUCAUCGAAUGCCCCAAGUAUUGCGUUUCCUUUCACCUUCCUCUUCACAGACACCUCUCCACUGCCUUGUCUCAUUUCAAUGACAUGGAACUUUUCCGAAGACAUGUGGAGGAUUUCCGUAAGGACGAGCCGCUGCUGAGAAGAAUAGUCUUGCAUCCUUUGAAGAUACAGGUCGCACGUGCGGAGUACUAUGCUGGAAUGUGGGUGCGCAAUGGUAAUCAACUCCGUGUACAAGCCAUUAUCUACGCUCAACCUCAUAUCAACGUAUCUUUCCAGACACCCGAUAUUGACUUGAUCAGAUACUGUGGGGCUAAUGUUGAUCCUGACUGGUUCAUUGAUGUUCUGCUGCGCAACUUCCACCUCAGCGACAUUUUUGCGUUUCCUCCAAGAGAAGAGAGUUUGGCAGAUGAGGAUAAAAUGGAAAUUGAUCAGCCGGAGACCUCGGAGAGUGCCGAAAAGAGCGGAACUGUUGGCACUGGUCGGGCAACACCGGAUGAGGUAGCUGACGCGAAUUGGGAAAGAUGCGCAGAACAGAUCAAAGUCAUCCUCAAGGACUUGCCGCCGGGUAAAGCUGAUGUGGUGAUGGCAGCUCUUCAUGCUCGUUCUGGUGACAAUCUCGCUUUUUCCAGAGUGAAUCCACCAUUGAAAUAUAGCGAAGAAAAUCCCGAGAACUUGCCUAGUCUUGCAUACGUAUUCAACGAAGACAAAGCUAACGUCAUAACCAGGAUGGAGUGGGUGGAUCCAAUGAUUUCGUCGAUGCUUCGGUUGUUGAGCGAGCUUGUGGUGCUUCUUACCAACUGCGGAGCAUCAACGGAGGCGUCAUUGAGAGCAGAAAUGGUGAACACCUUGGCUAGUGCACCACAAACUCACUCUCGUUUGCGUUCUGUUAUCGCUGAAAAAGGGAGCAGAGGUGCCGAAGUUGUUGAUCCACUUUUUGAAAAAGUGUUAUAUGAAAUUGCGGACUUCACUGAGCCUAUAGCCGUGCCUGGUGGUCAGAUGAGGCAAGGAUCAUACCAGCUGAAGUCUGAUGUGCGAUUCAACGAGUUUUGCCCAGUACUAUGUCAGCAUCGCGCGCUUUCACCGAAGUCUAGCGCUACCACCCUGAUGGAUGUAGAAAAGAUGGAAAGAGAUCUAAUUGGAAGCGAUGAGAAAAUUGCGCAAAUAUGGAUCCCUUAUCAGCUGUCAGAUUUCUCUGACAAAACUCGCCAUGAGUCAGUGCGCCACAUUGCCAGGGUUCUUCUCAGUGAUCGUUUUGUACAGCUUUCUAUCGUUGUCCUGGAAGCGGGCAUUCUUGGAAGACCUGAGAUCCGAGAAACUACUACUCAACUAGUCAUCUAUCUCUUAUCGUUAGCGUACCAAUACAUGGCUACGUUACCACCAUCCGAAAAAUAUGCGGCUAUCACACGGUUCCGCAAAAGUUACGUCGCUACCGAAGGACUAAAAGUUGUCCAACUACCGCUUUUGGUUUUCGUGCUAUUCAUUAUCGAAUGCGAAAAACGCGCUGUAAAAGCGAAGUUCCUUGAAAGGACUAUGGCUGGAGACUUUGACAAGAAACGCAUUGUUGGUGGUGCAGCUGAAUAUUUGGGUCGACUAGUUAGUUUGAUCAGUAAAUGUGACGAUGGAAUCCAACUAUCGUUGCUGUCUGCCCUCGAUGACUGCACGAAAGAAAAGGAAGUCGAGCUCAGGCUUGAUGGAAGUGAUCAGAAAGCUGUUCAGGAACGAAAAGCGGCUGCUAAACGAAGACGUGAGGCGUUGUUUGCAGCGAAUAAGAAGAAGAAUUCGGAAGUGAUGAAGAGACUGAUGGAGAAAGAGGGCAUGACACAAAAGGAUAUCGACUCGAUUGACACUACUCAGCCUGACGUACGUCUAUACGAAUGCCCAAUCUGUGGAGAGCUGGACACUCCGUCUACUUUACGAAAUCCAUUGGGAUUACUUGUUCGGAUUACCAGCAAUCCUUUAUGUGAGAAUCAAGUCCCAGCUAGUGAGAAUGAUGACAGCUUGCUCAGCUUCGACAACAAGACUGGCGAAGUAGUUUUACGGAAUUUCAGCAGAACUUGGAGAAGUGGGCGUAGCGAGCUGUUUAGACGUACUUUGUUCUACUCGGAUUUGAUUGGAUUCUCUACUUCGCUAGAAUUGAAGACAUGUGGACAUACAGUGCAUAUGAAGUGCUUCAAUGCUUACAGGGAAACACUUCGAAAUGAUCUACGUGUCAAUGACUCACGCCGUUCAUCUCGAGAUGUCUCUUGUUUCCUGUGCAGGUACAGCGUGAACGCACUGCUUCCACUGCGGAUUGAUUGGGGAUAUGAAACUACACAUAAGGACACGCUAGCUGAUGAUCGGCAGAAGGCUUUUGAUUCGUUGAAGGAAGUGAUCAUGAAUUGGAGAAGGGUACCACAGACAUCUGAAGAAUCUCGUCCAUAUGCGGAACACUUCACGGAGCACAUGCUCGAGCUGCUGAAUAGUCGGUUCUGGAGUAAAGUUCAUGAGGAGGAUGAUGUUGGCACGAGGGUUCAGACCCGACUAGUUGCCCUCAUAAAGGCUACUGUCGAGCGUUGCGUUUUGCUGAAGAAGCUCAAUGUGCCUGAACGUCGAAAAGGCACCCGAGCGGCAAUAACAGAACAUCUUGUCGCCGCUGCUGUAUGUAGGACCUCUCGUAGAGAUGAAGAAGUAAGCAUGUGCGCCGUGCGAGAUCUGUUGUUGCCAAACAUACAGGAGUCAUCUGAGGUGCUCGCUUCACAUUCUAAAGAACCAUUCUCUAUAAGUGAUGAACUCAUAGAUGUCGCGGAGAUAAGGGAAAAUCUUCUAGCGCUACGAUCGACUUCUGAGAUAGAGCGUUCCCGUCAGUAUGGAGAUGCAGCGAAAACACCUGUGCUCCACUUCCUAGACAAGCCAUCUUCUAUACCUUUGAUUUUGUUUGAAUUGAAGUCUUUACUGGUUAGGCUGAGUGCCUAUGUUGUCGACAACCAACACCUGAGUAGCGAGGACAAGAAAAAGCUUUGCCAGCUCCUUGCUCGACGUAUAUUAGCUGUAGUUGUGGUGAAAACUUUCCUUCGUGUGUUACUGAGAAGUUCGAAGGCAACACUCGACAAUUUCGCUUCCGGAAAAUUCACAAAAGAAGGGCUCUGUGGACCAUUUUCUGACGUUCCUCGCUUGAUUGUCAGCCAUCUGUCUGCAAAUACCGCGUAUUUCAAUGAUCUUCUCAACGUUAUGCACCAUGAUGGUUGGCAGGAGGAGAAAGGCAUCAGCGCUGUUCUUGACUGGACACUGACAGACUUCGCCAUAUUUGUCGCAGAGUUUUGGCAACAUGUUGGAAUUUUGAAUAAGAGCAAUGCUGAUUAUGCGGGAAUGAGCUUGGAUGAUGCCUUGAAAAAUCUUGGGAUCAAUCAACAAAGCAUCGUCCCUGAAGAAGAGUACGUGAACGCAUGGGUCCGCCGAUUUUCGCCAUUCCUGAUCUGGAACUACGAUACAUCCCGCAAGGCCUUUAGCAUGGAACCGUUGAUGUGGCGGCCAUUUUUGCUUCUGGAUCUACCAGAGGAAUAUGAUGUGCUUUUCUCCAGAUACUUCCAGCGACAAUGCAUAAAUUGCAACAAGGCGCCUUUGUUUCCUUUUGUGUGUCUACUAUGCUCCACUUUGGUGUGCCUGGAUACUUGUUGUAGCAUCUCGGAUGUUGGACACGAACGAUCACUGCCUACAAAUGAGGUGGAGAGGCAUUCGCUGGAAUGUGGCGGCGACGCUUGUUGUUUCAUUGCAUUGAACUCGUCACUGAUUGUGAUUGUUCGAGAAGGUUUGGCAGCCGUAUGGGGCUCUGUAUACCUGGAUGCACAUGGUGAAGAAGACCGAAAUCUUAGAAGAGGUAAACCAUUGUUCUUAUCGGCUCGCCGCGUUGAUUGUCUUCGAAGUGAUUGGGCCGAGCAAGAAUUUGAACGCACUGGUGCCACAUGGUCAACAAUGGCUGGACUUCAGCAAAUACUCAAGGACGCUCACCUUUUCCGCUAAGAAUCUAUUUGCAUUUAGUAUGUGUGUCAUGUUUAUUUCGGUUCAGGUGUUACACCCUUACUAAUCGCGUGUUUUAUCACAAAGUUGGUUUUAAUUUGCUUAGUGAAACUAAUGCCCUGUAGCGCAAUUUGCAUAGUCACAGCGGAACUGUUUUUUGGCAGUUUAGUUUUUUUAUAUCGCUUCUUAGCCGUUCGGUUCUCUUUUUUUCUCAAGGCUUGAUCAAGGUUUUAUUCAAACCAAAGUCUAUAGUUCUAAUCUUUUGCAAUAGGUCAUUCGGUGUUACAUAUAACAUCAUCCUCUUCCAGGCUGGCGUUGAUAUUGUAUGUAUUCUCUUUCUGAGCGGUAGUCACUUGGCUAGGAUUGAGUUAACUAUUUUUAUCGUGAGUAUCUAUCUAUUGCAAUUGUACUAGUGAGGCUUCAUUGUAGUCCCUGUCUUCUUCUCUAGCGUUAUAUGUAGCAGUCGUAGAUCACAUUUGAAUUUUUGCCGGUGUAGUAUAGCAUAGCUCGAUCUAGAGUCAAAAAUCCCGAAAACUUAUUAUUCUAAGUGUUUUAAAGCCGUUAUGGUUUAUAUAAUCUCUUAUGCAUGUGCUGUAGUUGUACGAUAAAAUUUCGGAAGUUCUGUGCAGAG